UCGUGCUGAACAAUCUCCCCUCUUCCAACCUGCCUAUCCUGCCUCGUCUCACAUUCCCACCACCUCUCCACCUCUCCAGCAAAGCGAGCAUACCUAGCAACUCUCAUGUCCCCUCCGACCCUCCUCAUGACCUCCCAAGGCGUCACAGCCAAAGUACGACCCUACGAUGGAGACGACGCUGCUUCCAUCAUCGCCUCUGUCCAGCAUCGCACACGCUCUCGCUCUAUUGCAAAUGGCUCGGGCUUCGGAGCCGGCGGUAGCUUCAGCGCUGGCGGCGGCGGCGGUGAACACUCUCCGAUCGACGAACGCUCCGAGGCUCCCUUUGCCUCCUCAUCCACAUCCUCUGCUACCAACGCCGCUGCUCUCCCUGGCUCAGGCUCGCCCAGCCGUCCCGGCCACCGCACUAGCAUCUCCAAUGCCUCUGCAUCCAUGGACCUCGCAGCCCAUCGUCGUCGUCCCUCUGUCACCGCAUCAGCCUCUCUCCCCGCCAAGCCAGUAGCAGCAGCCAUGUUCGAUGCAGCCCAAGGCGGUCCCUCCCCCGCCCGUCAUCUAGCUAACGCUGCUGCUGCUGAGCGAGCGGCUCAGGCUGAAUUGGCGCAGAUGAAAGUCAAGGCAGUAGAGGCUGCAGUACAAGAAGAGAUUGAAGAGCAGGAGGAAGCGGAGAAGAAUGGAAAUGGAAAUGGAGAGAAAGGAGCGGGACAGCACAAAGGGGAACAGCAAGAGUCGGCGAGCGCUUCAGUGGGAGCUUAGAGAGGGGAGGGCGCCAGAACGUUCAGCCAGAGAAUGACGCUAGAAGAAUCGCUCGGCUGGCCGGCGAGGUUGUGUACUACCCCUUCCUUCCCUACUCCCCACCAUCACCAUCACC